AUGGCGCCGCGUAUGCGGAAAAGCAUCAGUCUUCUGGACAUCAGCAUGGCCAGCCAGGGAUCAUCAAUGAACGGCAGUUUUGCUGAGGGAGAACAUCUCCGCAGCCCGAUAACACCACUCGCCCUCGUCAAAAGGCUUGAAAUGUAUAAGGAGCAGAUUUUCAAGAGUGACAACAUUGAACUGAACGAUUUUGACAUGUCUCUGGGCGAUACAGUUGAGUACGAACGGAAACGAGCGGAAAUGCUGCUACAGACGCGCGUGGGAGCACGUGAAGAAAUGUUUCUUGCCGAACGAACGGGAUUGAAUAUGGAAAAUGCUGUGAUCGCCGGUGCGAAACUUCUCGUUGAUGAGCAUCGUUGUUCCCGUUCCGUUAUUAGACGCCUACAAGAAGAAUGUGGUGUUUCGGAGAGCGAUAUUCUUUAUAAGGGAUUGGAACACGGAAGGGAACGUGCCGUCCUGAAAGAUGUGAGCACAACGCGUACUUCAUCGGUGGUGGAAUCGUACGUGGACUUCCGGAAACAAAUUGGAUUCAAGAUGCAAGUCCUUGAGGGGAUCGUAGCCAAAACCAGAUCCGAAGGAGCUCCGAUGGCAACGCGAAAACGGCGGCAAGAAACUGAAGCAGAAAAUAAACCCCCAAAAUUGCGGCCGCAGGAUCUAAAAACGCCCAAAAGAGUGAAAUCUACUGCUGAAAUUGAUGUACAUGAUGUUAACAAUAUUAUGGGGAAGUAUGCUCUUGAGGUUGCAUCUGAGAUACGACACGAAUCGCAUAAUUCGAUGAGGAUGAGAAAAAUAGCGCCGAUUCCGCUGGAUUUCUCCGUUUUGGAUGAUAUUCGGAAU